AUGAACUCUGAUCACCCGUUGCCGCGCCCCACCGUUGUGGCAGGUUCUCGCCCGUCGAGCAGAUCGUCCUCGAGAGGGCGGAGCAUAGCUUCCUCCGGGCAUACAAGCAGGUCAGCUUCGCCAGCGCAGAGAACUAACAGUAUACCUCGUAACCGCAGCGCUGGCUCUUCGAAUCGCACACCGCUGCGAAUGAGCCGAUCAGCUUCUCAAGAGGCAGGCGCAUCAACAACUUUCGAUACAGUCGCCAAUUCUAGAUCUGAAGGGCAGACUGACGUGCAUAGCGCAACAAAUUCAAGCGAUUUGAUUGUUAUCAGCAGCGAUAGUUCUGAUGGGGACCAGGAAGAUGAUGAUGAAUUCGUUGCCCAAUGGCCCGAACACCCCGUGGUUCGCGCACCCGCACCUCCCUCUGACUUCUUGGAAGUUUCGGUGGUUCGACGAGCGCAGCCGUUGUCUUCCACUCCACGCGCAGAGCUCUUUUCUCCGCCUCCGUCUGCUGGAAGACCAGCCGAACCUAUUCGUCUCUCGAGCGCAUCAGAGGAUAGAAGGGUCGGUGUUAGUGCAGAUCCACAUACAGGAGACUUUCUGGUGCGGCCCAUGCCAAUAGUGCGGCCCACUGAUUCAACCGCAUACUCAGAUUCUGACGGUAGCUUCUCGAUUGUUUCCGCUCAGCUAGCUCCUUCACAUCGUCCAAGGAGCGAUCACCCUAUUACCGAACAGCGAUUGCGUGCCCUAAACUUGGCCAUGCCGACGAAGUCGCCGCCUCGCUCCAAGCCCCCGCCGAUCGAACAUCCACUGCUUUCGACGUACACGUGCCCAAUCUGUUUUGAUGCUCCAACCAACCUCUCAGUCACCCCUUGCGGCCACUUUUUCUGCGGCGAAUGUCUCUUUCAAGCGCUCAAGAGUCAAGCCGUACAGCGUGGAGCAAUGGAAGAGGAAGCGACCCUCUAUAGUUUCGGUGGUCUCUUUGCAUCACUGGUUCCUGGGGCUACAUUUGGAGCCGCAUUGGGUGGAGUAGGUGCUCAAACCGCUUCGGGGCAAGUUUAUAGCGGCGGAGGUCCAGCAGGAUCGGCAGGCGGAGCAGGCAGAGGAAGAGGAGGUCGAGGAGGAGGAGGAGGGCGCGGCGGUGGAAGCGGCUCUCGUGGCGGCAGCGUCGGCGGUGGAGGUGGAAGGAACAAGCCCGAUCCUUUGGCGGGUCAAUGCCCCGUCUGCAGAGCCAAAAUCAAAGGAGCCUUCAACGGUAGAGACAAGAAUGGCAUUGUUGGAUUGCGUCUGACGAUGGGCACCCCAGUCAAUGAUCCACGGAAGGAGAAUGGGCAGAUGAAGAGCGAUUCGGUCGAGAAGAACGUUGAUUUAAGCGCCAGCGACGAAACGUAUGACGAUGACGAGGUCAUAUUUCCGACUAGCAAGCAGGCGGAGGCGACAGCUAAGACUGACAGCUUCGAAAGUAGUGUCGCAGACGAAAAAUCUGGAUCCCCUCGAGGUCCCAGUCCAGUCAACAACGCAUCGGGCUCGACGAUCAGUACAUCUUCGCCGAUGCAGGGAAGAUGCGUCCGGACCAGAAAGAGGCCUCGGGCAACUUCCGAUACUUCGGCACACCAGACCGAGUAG